AUGAAGGCAAACAUAGUGGAGAAAAAAAAGAAGAAAAAGUUGCAGGCAGUAUUGGGGGAGGCCAAAGGGGCAGAGGGUGAUGGGCUGGAAAAUGAAAAAAGGAAAUCGUCCAUUCAAAAUGGUAAAAAUGAAACCUUGACUCGAUUUCUGUUUCCAAAAAACCCAAGAGCAUUCGCCAACCUGGUGGAGUUUUCUUUUGCGAAUGAGGAGUUCACGUCCGUGGAUCAAGUGGACCACACCGUCUUCCACCUGGAUAUGAAAUCAUGUCUGGUGAGGCGGGACAGCGACGAGGGCAAGAAACAGAUUGAGUUGGUGAAGCAGAAAAUAGAAAAGGCUAAUUCCUUCACAGUUUUGAAAGACAACGAUUAUGUCUACCAUAAGCCAACAAACUGCUUUGACUACAUCGACAGAUACGCGCAGACGGUCCCUGUCUCCUUCAAGGACGAAGCGACAAAGACGGAGCCGCAGGAAAUUAACGAAAUCUGCGACACGGUUUGCCAAUCGAUAAUCUACGACGCGUACCUGCACGAGUUUCAAAAAGUUUCCAACGAGGAAGACAAGGAAAAGGAUAGAUACAAUGAAAACGCAAAAAAUGAAGACGAACGGGGGAAGAAGUACGAAUCAAAUGGAGACCUCCAAUUGGACGCAGGAUCUGAUGUAGGUUCAGGGCAUCUCUCUGAUGAUACGAAAUUUCCGACGGUUCUGUUCUCAUCAAGUAGCUCGAGUAAUGAGGGGUCUGAUGCGGUCAGUGAAGACGACACUGGUAGUGUGGACAAAGGUAGUUGGAAUAGCUCUGGAGGGGAAGAUACAGGAGAUGACGAUGUAGAGGGGGAGGAGCAUGACCAUGGGAGUUACGAAGAUUUGGUUGAACAGAAUGAAGUGAAGGAGGAUGUUGAUGGGGGAGGCGAAGACAAUGGGGAAGACGAUGUGGGGGUUGCGAUGGCGGUUGACGUUGAGGUGGAAGAGAUGGAGGGGGAGGAGCAAGAGGCAGGAGAUACAAUGAAGAAAGGUCACAACAAAGACGCCAAUGGUGGAGUAGAAGGGAACGAAGAUAUGAAGGAUACCACGCAGACAAGCACAAUGGGAGGAGCCGAGAAGGUAGACGACCCCUUUGAAAAAGGAAAGACAGGUAUAAAAGGGGUACCCAAGGGGAGAGGACAAAUUGGUGAAAAGCAUAAUACAAGACAGGGUCCCACCAAAUGUGUAACGAGAAAAAAAAAGAAAAAAGAAUCAUUCACUGGGAAGCAUGAACUAUAUUUUAUUAACUACAAAGACAUGAAGGAAAAAAUACAUAAAGAGUUAAAAUUCAUUUAUAAAGACGGCAAUGUAAAAAAAAGUGAUGAAAAAAUUUUGCAGAAAAAAUGUUUUUUGAAAACCUUAAAAUUAAUGGACAGAAUAUACAACAAGAAUAAUGAAGAGGAAAUUUAUUUAAGUUAUAAAAAUAAAAUGAAUAAAAAUAUUUUGACCAAGUUGUGGAUUUUCUCAGUACCUUUUUUCAAUCAAUUAAUUGUCACGGACAUAAAAUUUCAUCCCUUUUAUGAAGAUUUAUUUGCCAUGUCAUUUAAAAAUAAUGAUAUAAAAAUUAAUACAGGGAUAUUAUGUUGCUUUACAUUCAAAAAUACGAAAAGUCCUGAACAUGUGUUGAAAACAGAUUUUCCCAUUUACUCCAUUGAGUGGUCAGCAGUCAACCACUCCGUCAUCAUCAUUGGCCUGUCCAAUGGAAAUAUAUGCAUAUAUGAUUUAAAAAAAAAAAAAAAUGAACGAUUAAUCUUUGAAAGUAAUAUAAAACAAAUAUAUAACAGAGAUAUCAUCUCACAGAUUUCAUUUGACAAGAAAAAUAAAUCCUUUUAUUCCAUUUCUUAUGAUGGACAUAUGUUUUGUUGGAAGUACAAUAAUAAAUUUACCGUAGGGGACAAAUUACUGACUUUGAAGAAAAAGGACUGGGAGGAUGAUUUUAAGGAUCCUCUGAACUUUGUACAAACACAGUCCAUCACGUGCAUCGAUUUCAAUCCAUUCCAGAAAAACCUCUUUCUCAUGGGCACAUCUACUGGGAAGAUAUACCUCUACUCGAGUACCUUCACCGACAACCACCUACGUCUGUACAAUGAACACUGUAUGUCGGUCAACGCCGUUUCUUACAACCCCUUCAGGCGCGCCAUCUUCAUUUCGGCGUCCUACGACUGGACCAUCCGCAUAUGGGACCAGGCGCGCUCACGCUCGCUCCUCGUGCUUGACAUUAAGGAGUGCGUGUACGACGUGCGCUGGAGCCCCAUAGUGUCAACAUGCUUCCUCGUCAUCAGCUCGGACAACCACGGGCACCUCCACAUUUACGACCUAAGCGUGGACAUAAACAAAGCCAUCAUGACGGAAGUAAUCACGAGAAAGAAGAAGCUCUGUAAACUUUGCGUGAACCAAUUUAACGAAGUCAUCCUGAUUGGAGACGAAAGUGGCCUCCUUCACUCUUACAAAGUGUCCUACGCCUUUAACACGUCGUAUGUGGACUAUCUGCGGGGCAAGCUGGAUCGCUCCUUCCAGGUCCACAUGAUGAAUUCGUUCCUCACCAAGGUGCAGUAG